CCGGCGCAUGCGCGCUCCCCCGCUGCCGGGGUCCUUGACGGGCGGAGCAGCGAGGGGGAGGGAAGCGGACCCCCCGGAGCCCCCGGGCAGCGCCGCCACACGUGCGGAGCCUCCAGCCCGGGCGUGCUCCGGGCCUAGCCUGCGGGCCGCUGCCGCCCGGGAGACGAGGGAGGCGGCCGGAAGCGAGGUUCAAGGUCCCGCGGCCGGAGCAGAUCUACAGACCUUUCAUUCUGAAUUCUUCCAACAGUUUGCCCACUCGAUCAGAGUCAGCCCUGCCAGUUACCCUUUUGAUAACCCAUCUCAGGAAUUAGUACCACAAAGACAACUUGAUGCAACCUCUUCAGAUUGCCCCCUGUCGAUUACUUUAUGGGCUGUAUCGUGGAUUGAAGUCUCCAGCCUCCACUGGAACCCGGAUUUGCCCAACAAUGGCUCGACCAAGUUCAAAUAUGGCUGAUUUUCGGAAGCUUUUUGCAAAAGCGAAGCACAUAGUCAUCAUUUCAGGGGCUGGCGUUAGUGCUGAGAGCGGAGUCCCAACUUUCAGAGGAGCUGGGGGCUACUGGAGAAAAUGGCAAGCUCAGGACCUGGCCACCCCUCAGGCCUUUGCACGAAACCCUUCCCUGGUGUGGGAGUUCUACCAUUAUCGGCGGGAGGUCAUGCUCAGCAAGGAGCCAAACCCGGGGCACCUUGCCAUUGCCGAAUGUGAGGCCCAGCUGCGCGAGCAGGGCCGACGGGUCAUGGUCAUCACUCAAAACAUCGAUGAGCUGCAUCGCAGGGCUGGCACUAAGAACCUUCUGGAAAUCCAUGGGAGCUUAUUUAAAACGCGAUGUACCUCUUGUGGAAUUGUGGCUGAGAAUUACAAGAGUCCAAUUUGUCCAGCUUUAUCAGGAAAAGGUGCUCCAGACCCUGAAGCUCAAGAUGCCAGAAUCCCAGUGGAAAAACUUCCCCGGUGUGAAGAGGCAGGGUGUGGGGGCCUGCUGAGACCUCACGUCGUGUGGUUUGGAGAAAAUCUGGAUCCUGCCGUUCUGGAGGAGGUUGACAAAGAGCUGACCCUCUGUGACUUAUGUCUAGUGGUGGGAACUUCCUCUGUGGUUUAUCCUGCUGCCAUGUUUGCACCCCAGGUGUCUGCCCGGGGAGUGCCAGUGGCCGAAUUCAACAUGGAAACCACCCCAGCCACCAACAGAUUCAGGUUUCAUUUCCAGGGGCCAUGUGGUACCACUCUUCCUGAAGCCCUGGCUCCUCAUGAAACUGGCAAUGUUUCUUAGUUGUCCUGGGGAAAGAAGAAAUUGUAGUAUGUCUAAGUACUUGGGCCACACACAGAGAACUGAUCAUGGGGACCGUGAGCUAAAUACUGGAAAAUCUAGAAAUACCAUCAGAUUCCCUGGCUGGAAUCCCACCUGAU